AUGCCCGUCCCCGACACUUUCCUCGCGGCUACGGUCAACGAGCCACACGCCCAACAUGUCAUUUCCAACCGCUCAUUGCAACCACUGGAAUCGGGCGAAGUAGCGAUCAAAAUCACCGCCACAGCCAUCAACCCGGUCGACUGGAAGAUCCGUGACUACAAUGUCUUUAUCAAAGAGUACCCAGCCGUGUUAGGAUCCGAUGCCGCGGGAGAGAUUGUUGCCGUCGGAGCCGAUGUUUCCAAUUUCGCCGUUGGCGAUCGGGUAUUCUUCCAGGGGAUCAUUGGCAGAUAUGACUCGUCGACCUUCCAACAAUACUGCAAGAUGCCGGCCAGCCUGGUCUCCAAAACGCCCAGCAGCAUCAGCGACGACCAAGCGGCGGGCAUCAGUCUCGCGACCGUGGCGGUUGUCACGGCAUUCUACGACCAGUCGGGCCACGGGUUGACCCCACCGUGGGACGCGAAUGGCCCACAGGUCGGAAAGGGAAAAGCCAUAGUCAUCAUCGGAGGCGCCUCGUCCGUGGGCCAAUAUGCCAUUCAACUCGCCAGGCUGUCGGGCUUUGAAAGGAUCGUGACCAACGCCAGCCCGCAAAACCACGAGUGCCUCAAGAAGUUAGGCGCACAUGUGGUGCUGGACCGGGUCCAUUCGAGGCCCGAGGAUUUCAAGGCGGCCAUCGGCGGAUUGCCUUUGGAAUUCGUGUUCGAUGCUAUCUCGGUGAAAGCGACGCAGGCAUUGGGUGUUGAGAUUUCCAAGGAGCCAAAGGUUGCAGUUAAGCAGGUCUUGGGAUUGGGUAGCAACCCAGCGUUGCGUUAUCUUAGUGAACCUUUGGCGAAACAUCUCGGUGGUGAAGAUGGCUAUAUCGCUAAGAAGCUUUUUGUCCCCAACCGAGUGCAUCUGGUUCAAGGGGGACUGAAUGCCGUGGAACAGGCUCUUGCGAAGAAUAAGGAGGGUGUCUCUGGUGAGAAGGUUGUAUUCCGCCCUAAUGAAGGGGCAAACUAA